GCUGCCAUCAGCACCGGUUUCACCGGUUAGUUAUCAGCACCGGUUUCACACGUUAAUUCCGCCGCCACCACCCGCUAUCUUCGUUCUCCGAGGCCAUUGGGAAAGUCCCAUCUGCAAAAGGAACCAGUUUGUUUGAUAAAGGCCCCGACUUUUGAUCAUUAUUAUUAUUAUGCUACCUUUCCCAUACCAUAUUGCUAUUUAAACCCUAGAAGCCGAUUCGUCCUCAUCCGGACGUUCCGAGGAGGGUUAGUUGUCCUCAUUUGAUCCUUAGUCUCUGGCGUUAAUUGGCCUUCCUCCUACAAUCCACGAGUCCUUUUAUGACAUGAUCCUUGUCGGAAGUCUCGUCCUAAUCAGAUUUUAUUUCUUUUGCCGGCUUGGGUCUUCAUUUCUUUGAUGUCUAGCAAUCUCAAAGAGAGUUGCACCAAUGUCAGGGGGGACCCCGGUGGGCAGUUUGCGGCAGAGAUGCAAUCAGGGUUAUGCAUCGAGCGGGGAUGAUAUUGAAGACGACGCUUGUUCUAGGCUGACGAUUUCAUCAUCUUCGCCAUUGCUGGUGGUGCGCCGGCCGCAGAGUUGGGUUGAUGUCUUGGAGAAUUUCAUUUGGUUAGUUUCUGCCGCGUUCAUAUUCUACUAUGGCGAUCGCCAUCAGAAUUUCCUGCGCGUAUUGUGGUCGGAUUCAAGGAUUAACAGGAAGGCUCUUCACCUUGGUCUGCUUGUUAUUAUUCUUGAUACAGGACUUAUUAUACGUAAUGUUAUUCUGGCAAAAGUUUCAAUAAAAUCAUAUGAUCAAAAUGAGGCCUUACAUUCCAUCGCACCACUACUGAUUUUGCUGGGAGUUGUCUCAUUUUGUUUGUUAUCAUAUGGUUUGUGGCCUAUUUGGGGCUUCUUGACCAUACCUCUUCUGUUUACACUCUUGAUGGCUUCCAUGGUUAUAUUAACAUAUCUGAUAUUUGGAAGACUAAGAUCUCAAUCUGAUACAACUCGGACUGAUUGAAAUUGGUGCUUCUCCUAUGGUAAACACAACUUUUAGUGACAGCAUGGUCUUCAUUCAGAUUAGAUGAAAUAAAUAUAGUUUUUCGCUUGGUAGUAUUCCCAAUUUUACAAGUAGAAAGCUCUGUAAUUCUUUCUGGCUCAACCCAGUUGUACAGAAAUCAUGAAGACAACAAGUUCUGAUUGGAAUUUCUCAGCCUCCUACAAUUUAUGAUUAGAAUAGUUUAGGUGGUGCGGUUAGAUGAACAAAUGCUGAUUUUUUUUUUUCUUUUUUUCUUUUUUUUGGCUAGUUUGUUUGGCAUUGAAUCUUCUGUAUUCAUUUCCUUCAUUCAUUUCUAAAGAGUUGUAAAGAUUUUGAUUUAGAUUAUUGGUAGCUUUCUUGGCACCACGAAUAAUUUGGAAUGUUUUUGGAAGUUGUCAAAUUGUUACUUUAUUAACCUCUGUUCAUUGCAUGGUGCAAAAGGUGCAUCAUCUGUCACUUUCUUUAAUUUAUGUGAUACAAUAAGAUGGUG